AUGCGUUCGUGGACUUCAAGGAUCAGACCUUCCCUAAUUAAUAAGGGAAGAUUAUUCUCAGCAUCAAUACCCAUCACACAAUCGUCAUCUUCCAUUAUGCUCAAAACAACUUAUAAUCAAUACACUAGAAGAACAAUGGCUUCCACCACCAACGCAGACGAGUCAACGGCAACAUCCGAGCAACAACAGCAAGAUCAACCAGAACAAGAGGAAAACGAAUCCAUUGAACAAGACCAAGAACAACAAUCUUCAAAAGAUAAAGUCACCAUCAACUUAUCUGAGAAUUCAUUCGAAGGAUACAUGUUAGAUAUCCCCAAUUUAUCGUUUGAAACCAACAAAUCCACACUAUUACAAAUGUAUAAAGAUAUGAUAAUCAUUAGAAGAAUGGAAAUGGCAUGUGAUGCCCUAUAUAAAGCCAAAAAAAUUAGAGGAUUUUGUCACUUAUCAGUGGGUCAAGAAGCCAUUGCUGUCGGUAUUGAAAAUGCCAUUACUAAAUUAGAUUCUGUCAUUACAUCUUAUAGAUGUCAUGGAUUUACUUUCAUGAGAGGUGCCUCCGUGAAGGCUGUCUUAGCGGAAUUGAUGGGGAGAAGAGCUGGUGUAUCCUUUGGGAAAGGUGGGUCCAUGCAUUUGUAUGCUCCAGGAUUUUAUGGAGGGAAUGGGAUUGUUGGUGCCCAGGUUCCCCUAGGUGCAGGAUUAGCAUUUGCUCAUCAAUAUAAGAAUGAAGAUGCUUGUUCUUUCACUUUAUAUGGGGAUGGGGCAUCAAAUCAAGGUCAAGUUUUUGAAUCAUUUAAUAUGGCUAAAUUAUUCAAUUUACCUGUCGUGUUUUGCUGUGAAAAUAAUAAAUAUGGUAUGGGGACCUCUGCCUCAAGAUCAUCUGCCAUGACUGAAUAUUUCAAACGUGGUCAAUACAUUCCUGGUAUCAAAGUUAACGGGAUGGAUAUUCUUGCUGUGUAUCAAGCUUCUAGGUUUGCUAAAGAUUGGUGCCUUUCUGGUAAAGGCCCAUUAUUAUUAGAGUAUGAAACUUAUAGAUAUGGUGGCCAUUCCAUGUCUGAUCCUGGUACCACUUAUAGAACAAGAGAUGAAAUUCAACACAUGAGAUCAAAGAAUGAUCCCAUUGCAGGUUUGAAAAUGCAUUUAUUAGAAUUAGAUAUUGCUACAGAUGAAGAAAUUAAAGCCUACGAUAAAUCUGCAAGAAAAUAUGUCGAUGAACAAGUGGAAUUGGCUGACGCUGCAGCUGCACCAGAACCAAAAUUAUCAAUAUUAUUUGAAGAUGUGUAUGUGAAAGGUACUGAAACUCCAACUUUGAGAGGUAGAAUUCAAGAGGAUACUUGGGAUUUCAAGAAGCAAGAUUUUGCCUUCAGAAAUUGA